AUGUUUGGCCUCCUUCCAGACCUAACCCCGCGAGACUCGCACUCGAUCUGGUACACAUCCUCCCGCCGCCCAGUGACCCAAGUCGCCCUCCUCGACGGCAACGAACAACGUAACAACCCCGACAGCCCACAACAGCAGCAUGGCUCCUCGUCACGCCGCGCGGCCCAGCUCCUCAUCGAGCGCUCCGCCCUCGCUCGCCUGCGCGCCGACGAGCAGCUGAUGGACCGCCGCAAGAUGCACAUCCAGAACUUCGGCAGCGGCUGGCUGAAGCCCCCCGCCGUGCCCAAGACGCUGCACCAGAUGCGCGAGGAGGAGAAGGAGCAGAAGGAACACGCCGAAGCCAUGCGCCGCGAACAGCUCGCGCAGGAACUCGCCGACGCCGAGGCUGCCGGCCAGGACGUGCUCGAGGACGGCGGUACCGGCGAUCUCGGCGCCGACCUCGACGCCGAGGAGGAGGAGGAGGUCCACGACCUCGACGACGAGAUCCCCGACGCGGAUGAUAGCUUCGGCUUCGACGGCGGCGACGACUCCGCGGCCGAGGAGGGUCUCAGCGGGAUGACCAGCAGCGUCGUCGACCCCUCCUCCGACAACGACGAUGACGAAGAUCGAGAUUCCACGCCAGGGCCCGGAUACGGCCAGCCCGGCGGCGGCGGCGGCGGAAGCGAACACGGCGACAGCCGGCGGGAGGAGCUCGUCGAGGAGAGAAUGCGCAUGGCGGACGACGCCUACAGGCAGGCCAUGGCGCGCGGCCAGGCCGACGGUGAGGACAUAUACGGGGGGGACGAGGACCUCGAGGCCGAGGGCGGCGGCCACAUGCUCGACGAGGAGGACCUCGUGCCGCACGGCGAAGACGACGAGGACGACAUGGGCAUGGGCAUGGACAUGGACGCGGACCUCGACGACGACAUCCCCGAAGCCGGCGAGCUGAGCGGCCUCGCGGACCUUAGUGGCGUCUACGAGCACACGGACUCGGAGGUCGACCUGAGCAGCAGCAUCGCCCGGGAGCCCAGCAGCGACGAGGACGAGGAAGACGAGGACGAGGACGAGGAUAUCAGCUUCGCGGGGCCCCGGGCUGCGCCGUUGAUGGCGCCGCCGAGUCCGACCGGACGACGCGGCGGCGGCGGGCCGAGGAGCAGUAUGGACCUGAGCGGGCUGCUGUCGGGGGAUAGUAGCAUGAUGGAUAGCAGCAUGAUGCACAGCAGUCCCGGCGUCAGGGCGCAGAGACGUUAG